GCAAGCAGAGGACACUCUCGACAUCGCCAAGGACACCGCCAAAUUGAUAAGGGCGUUCAUAACAGUGCACAAGUUUGCCACCGCCCACAUCCUCUUCGAUGAGAUGAGGAAACUCAGUGCCGACCUUCAGCAGGCCAAGCCAGCUGAGUUGGUUGUGGGCAACGUUACUCGGAGGGUGCUCCAGUUCAUACGGGAGGAAUACCAGCAUGAGCGGAGUGAAGCUGCCAGCACAAUGGGGAAUGGUGCGGUCUCGGCCUCCGGCGCUUGCAGCCCAGAGCCAACACUGGGCCAGGGAGGGGGGCGGCCCAUGAUGAGGGACUACUCCCUUGGGACGUUGCUGGACAUCAUGCCAACACGGAGCGGGAGGAGGAGCCCGUUGGACAGGGUGCCAACGUCCCCAACCUCCCCUCAAAGCCCACCGGGGGGUGGGGGCGAGGGCAUGAGCACCAAGAAACGGAAGCCACAGCAGUGGAGGCGCGUGAAGGGCGUCAUCGAGGGCAUCACCGAGAUGCUCACCGACUUGGAGAACAUACCCUUCCAGGUGGCAGAGCAUGGCAUAAACCACAUCCAUGCAAAGGAGGUCAUAUUGGUACUGGGAGAGUCCCGCACAACGCUGCAGCUGCUGGAGAUGGCCAAGGGAAAGUGCCCAGAUCUGCACGUGGUUGUGGUGGAAGGGUCCCCAAGGUAUGAGGGCCACAGCAUGGCCAACCAGCUGGCAGGGGCCAAGAUACAGACGACCAUCGUGACAGACGCUGCUGUCUUUGCGAUGAUGGCACGCGUGAGCCAGGUCUUCAUCAGCUGCCGGUACCUCUUGGCCAAUGGGGGCAUAAUCGCGCCAUCAGGGGCACACACCAUCGCCCUGGCAGCCCACAGACAUGGUGUGCCGUUUGUGGUGUUGGUGGGGCUGUACAAGCUGGCGCCUGUAUUCCCGCAUGACCCCACCGUGAACCUCAACGACUUCCGCUGCCCUUUUGAUAUCGCCGAUUUCAACCUUGCUGCAGAGGCGAAAGGUUCUGGCGAUGGAGACUCGGAUGGCUGCAGUGUGUCUGUUGUGAACCCUUCUUUUGACUAUGUUCCUCCAGAACUAAUUAGCCUGCUGGUGACUGACCAAGGGGGGGUGACGCCCAGCUAUGUGUACAGGCUGUUGAAGGAGACCUAUGCUCCAGAAGACACGCUUCUCAGCGAGAGUGUGUACGGGUUCAUGACCAGCUAG